AUGGCAGACAGCGAAGUUGCCGAUCAGACUCCUCCCAAGGAAGAAGACGUUCAAAAGACUGAAGAAGCACCAGAAUCAGACGACUGGAAAAAUGAAAAAUUUCGCAGUAAAGUUGUAGAACGCAUACAAGAAGAAAUUACCAAGACAGAAUCGCAGGUUCCCAAGUCAGCAGCUGAUCUUGAGCAGUUUGUGUUUUCUAAAGCAACAUCACGGAAAAACUACUUAGAUCUGGUGGCUAGGAUUCUGGUUUAUGUGGCUGAAUUCAACAAAAAGAAAGAAAAGAAAGAGACAGAGGAGGCCAAAGGAGAAACUGGAGACAAGGAAGAAGAAAAGACAGAAGAGAAGGAAGACUCCUAG